GGCCUCCCCUGGCCAGGUCCCUGUGUCUGCAGGAAGGAGUGGGCGUGAGCGGCACUAAGGGCCCUUCCACCAACUCUCCCUGGGACGGGGCAUACCCCCAACACUGAAUAAGGGUCUGGCCCUGGUGAACCAGGGUCCUCUGCCACUGCACCUGGGUGACGGGAAUGCCAGUCUUGGAGCUAUUGCUCAACUCCUACAAUUGCAGUGAGGCGACUUAUUUCUCUUCUCCCCAUGCCCAAACCUCCAAACCUAACUUCAUCAAACUGUAGAUUCUAGACCUUCUAUUGGGGAGCAUUGCCUCUGACAGAUGGAGAAACUGAGACCCAGAGAGGAAAGCACCUUGUUGAGGACCACACAGCCAGGGGUGGUACAGGUGCAAUGGGACCCUAGUCCAGGAGGGAAGAAGGGUCCAGGGGAGGUGAGAAACAGUGAAAAGAGCUCCAAGGAACAGGGAAAAAGGUGGUCCAGGGCUUCAAGGAUGUGGCCAGCCCACCUCCUACCGGGCGCUGGAGUCUUCUAACCACCUCCAAGUGCUGUACAGUGGCAUGCCAGCCUGUCACAGCUCCUCUGCCUUUCUGAGUCCAGAGUGAUGUGAUAGCCUGCAGCAGUCAGGAUUGGGACCCAAGCCUCGGACUGUGGAGCCUGUACCCCCAGACCACACGCAGGCCACAUCCGAAGGCUCUGGAUACUGGGGUCUGGCUGUUAUGGUCAGGGAGCAGGAGGUUGCCACCCUGCCUGUGUGUUGGUGGCUGUAUGGCCAUGGUUUCUGUGGAUGGGGGUCAUAGGUAUGCUUGUCUGCAUCCCCAUCCUGUGCAGCAUGUCCCCAUAGCACAGGUGUCUAAUCAUCCCCACUGAGGGGCGUAGAGCCUGGGCUUGGAGUGGACAGUGCUCAGUCCAGCUCAGGGUCUGGAUCCACAUUGGAGCACAAACCUGGGUCCCAGGGGGGAAACCGUGCAGGUCAGACCCCUAGGAAGACACCUCAGCUGCUCUCCCCAGCUUCUGGGCAGAGGGAUUGUAGGGCUCUGGCUUGUUGCUCAACCUCUUCUGUGGCUCUGAGCCUCUCUGCAGUUGGGGCUUGGAUCCAGGGUUCUCAGGGCCCCUCCCAGCUCCAGCAGCCUGGGGCUCCUGAACUUCCUCCUGCCCCUCCCUUCACCCAUACCAAAUGAGCAGCUGGUCUGUUGGCUGGCCUAGCACCAGCUGUCCAUCCCUGGGGCCAAGUCCGUGGAGCCCGCUGUAUGUGAGACACCGUUUGGCUCUGGGGGCGACAGGCAGGCAGCUGCUGAAGAGGACUAGCUGGAAGUGUCCACUCGCCUUCCACCAGCAUGGCAGCAUCCUCCCAGUACCGCCAGCUGCUGAGUGACUAUGGGCCACCAUCGCUGGGCUACACCCAGGGAACUGGAAAUAGCCAGGUGCCCCAGAGCAAGUAUGCAGAACUGCUGGCCAUCAUCGAAGAGCUGGGGAAGGAGAUAAGACCCACCUAUGCAGGGAGCAAGAGCGCCAUGGAGAGACUAAAACGAGGCAUCAUUCACGCACGAGGACUGGUUCGGGAGUGCUUGGCUGAAACGGAACGGAAUGCCAGGUCCUAGCCUCCCCGCCAGCUUGGGGGUUCCUGGCUCUCUACAGCUCAUCUCCCCUGUUCAGAUGAAAUACUCAUUUUCAAAAUGGUAACAGUUUAGUUUUUUUCUCCCAAGGUUCACAGUCUCAAAAUAUUGGGAAAAGAUUUCGAAGUUAAUUAGGAUUUGCAUUUUAAGUAGUUAGGAACAACCCAGUUGUUUUUGUUUUUUAAGAUGCAUGUGAAGUUAUUUUACAGCAAACUGUUGUUUGGCUCCAAGAUACCAGUGUCUCCCUUUAAUCUUUUGAAUACUUUAUGUUACCCAAAUUGUUAUUUGUACCUUUUCAUAAGCUCAUUUGAUCCCAAGGACUUUGUUUUAAUGCAUCCUGACCACCUGCUUCACUUAGCUGGUCCCAUGUGCCAUACAGUGUAGAUUCUGCUUACUGGCACUUCUUUUUUGCUUAAGCAUUUGCAUGACUCUUAGUGCUUUGAAGUCAAUUUUAAGAGUGCACAAGUUAUAAAUACAGAAGAAAGAGCAACCUACCAAAUCUAAUAAGGACCCCGAAAAUUUUCAUACUAAGACUGUACAUAGAUUUCAGUUUGUGUUUACUGUAAGUUGAUCAAAACAUCUGGAAGAAAAUGACUAAAACUGUUUGCAUCUUUGUAUGUAUUUAUUACUUGAUGUAAUAAAGCUUAUUUUCAUUAACAAUG